AGACGCGGAGGUGAUGGGAUCCCGGCUCCCCCCUGCGGCUCUCACUCUUAAGCAGUUCCUGGUCAGGCAGCAAGUGCUGGGGCUCUACAGGAAAAUACUGAGAUCGGUGCGACAGAUCCCCGACGCCGCUGACCAACGCUACAUGCAAGAGUGGGCCAGGGAGGAGUUCCGGAGGAAUAAAGGGGCCACGGAGGAGAUUGCCAUUCGCAUGAUGAUCACUCAUGGCCAGAGGCAGCUGCAGGAGUUGGAGCGGGCCCUCCAUCUCGCCAAAUCAUAGCGCCAGAAAGGCUGCCGCACACACCGCAGACUCAGCACAGCAGCUCUGUACGUUUGGGCACCAGUUGCCUCCACUUGGGGCCUUUUCCAUUCACUGGGGGAAGGUACAUUAUACAGUAGUACCCUGGGGUGGGGAAGGAGGCAGAGGGACAUGGGUGCUUCCUUCUGAGCGCUGCCCUUCCUCCAGCAACGUCUUGUAAAUACUCCGCUCCCCAAAUGCCUCUAUUUAUUCCUAAUAAAAUCAAUAAAGGCAAACUGGCUGCAGUCAGUUUUA